UUGGCUCCUCCUCUGGCCUAGACAGGAUUUAAACCCAGGGAGGGAAGCCAAGGAGAGUCGAGAACCAGGGACGAUCUACAGUGGGAGGAGACCAGCUGACAGGAGCGGCAGCAUUGGAACAGGCACCCUGCAGCCUUCCAGGCACCCUGGAGGGUCUGCUCCCCGUCUUUCUAAGGAUGAGUCUCCAGGCGAUGUUCUGCUUCCCCUUGGGGCUUCUGCUUGGCUCUGUGCUCUUGGUGGCUUCCGCCCCGGCCACUCCGGAGCUUCCCGGCUGCAGCAACAAGGAGCAACAGGUCACCGUCAGCCACACCUACAAGAUUGAUGUGCCUAAGUCUUCCCUGGUUCAGGUGGAGGCUGACCCUCAGCCCCUCAGUGACAAUGGGACUUCACUCUUGGCCCUGGGGGAGGCCAGGGAGGAACAGAUCAUCUUCAGGCACAACAUCCGCCUUCAGACGCCACAGAAGGACUGUGACUUGUCAACCAGUGUCCAGGACCUCCUGGCCCGUGUGAAGAAGCUGGAGGAAGAGAUGAUGGAGAUGAAGAAACAGUGUAGUGCCCAGCGCUGCUGCCAGGGAGCUACUGAUCUGAGGCGACACUGCAGCGGCCACGGGACCUUCUCCUUGGAGAGCUGCAGCUGCCACUGCCAGGAGGGCUGGGAGGGCGCCGCCUGCGAGCAGCAGGCCUGCCCCGGGGCAUGCAGCGGCCACGGGCGCUGCGUGGACGGGCGCUGCGUGUGCCACGAGCCCUACGUGGGCGCCGACUGCGGCUAUCCUGCCUGCCCUGAGAACUGCAGCGGGCACGGCCAGUGCGUGCGCGGCUUGUGCCAGUGCCACGAGGACUUCAUGUCGGAGGACUGCAGCGAGCGGCGCUGUCCCGGCGACUGCAGCGGCCACGGCUUCUGCGACACGGGCGAGUGCUACUGCGAGGAGGGCUUCUCGGGCCUGGACUGUGCCCAGGUGGUCGUCCCUCAGGGCCUGCAACUGAUCAAGAGCACGGAGGAUUCCCUGUUGGUGAGCUGGGAGCCCUCCAGCCAGGUGGACCACUACCUCCUCAGCUACUACCCCCUGGGGAAGGAGAUCUCUGGGAAGCAGAUCCAAGUGCCCAAGGAGCAGCACAGCUACGAGAUUCUCAAUUUGCGGCCUGGAACCAAGUACAUAGUCACCCUGCGUAACGUCAAGAAAGAAGUUUCUAGCAGCCCACAGCAUCUACUUGCCACCACAGACCUUGCUGUGCUUGGCACUGCCUGGGUGACAGAUGAGACGGAGAACUCCCUCGACGUGGAGUGGGAAAACCCCUCGACCGAGGUGGACUACUACAAGCUGCAAUACGGGCCCGUGACGGGGCAGGAGGUGGCUGAGGUCACUGUGCCCAAGAGCAGCGACCCCAAGAGUCGAUAUGACAUCACUGGUCUGCACCCGGGGACGGAAUAUAAGAUCACAGUGGUGCCCAUGCGAGGAGAACUGGAGGGCAAGCCGAUUCUCCUGAAUGGCAGAACAGAAAUUGACAGUCCAACCAAUGUCAUCACCGAUCGAGUGACUGAAGACACAGCAACGGUCUCCUGGGACCCAGUGCAGGCUGUCAUAGACAAGUAUGUAGUACGCUACACUUCUGCUGAUGGGGACACCGAGGAAAUGGCAGUGCACAAGGACGAGAGCAGCACUGUCCUGACGGGCCUGAAGCCAGGAGAGGCAUACACGGUCUACGUGUGGGCUGAAAGGGGCAACCAGGGGAGCAAGAAAGCUGACACCAAUGCCCUCACAGAAAUUGACAGCCCAGCAAAUCUGGUGACCAACCGGGUAACAGAGAAUACUGCCACCAUCUCCUGGGACCCGGUGCAGGCCACCAUUGACAAGUACGUGGUGCGCUACACCUCUGCUGACGACCAGGAGACCAGAGAGGUUCCGGUGGGGAAGGAGCAGAGCGGCACCGUCCUGACAGGCCUGAGGCCAGGCGUGGAGUACAUGGUGCACGUGUGGGCCCAGAAGGGGGACCGAGAGAGCAAGAAGGCCGACACCAAGGCCCCGACAGACAUUGACAGCCCCAAAAACCUGGUGACUGACCGGGUGACAGAGAAUAACAUUGACAGCCCCCAAAACCUGGUGACCGACCGGGUGACAGAGAAUAUGGCCAUUGUCUCCUGGGACCCAGUGCAGGCCACCAUUGACAGGUAUGUGGUGCGCUACACCUCUGCUGAGGAUGGAGAGACCAGGGAAGUUCCAGUGGAGAAGGAGGAGAGCAGCACUGUCCUGACGGGCCUGAGACCAGGUGUGGAGUACACGGUGCACGUGUGGGCCCAGAAGGGGGCCCAGGAGAGCAAGAAGGCCGACACCAAAGCCCAGACAGACAUUGACAGCCCCAAAAACUUGGUCACUGACCGGGUGACAGAGAAUAUGGCCACUGUCUCCUGGGACCCGGUGCAGGCCACCAUUGACAAGUACGUGGUGCGCUACACCUCUGCUGACGGAGAGACCAGGGAGGUUCCGGUGGGGAAGGAGCAGAGCAGCACCGUCCUGACGGGCCUGAGGCCGGGCGUGGAGUACACGGUGCACGUGUGGGCCCAGAAGGGGGACCAGGAGAGCAAGAAGGCAGACACCAAGGCCCAGACAGAAAUUGACAGCCCCAAAAACCUGGUGACUGACCGGGUGACAGAGAAUAUGGCCACUGUCUCCUGGGACCCGGUGCAGGCCCCCAUUGACAAGUAUGUGGUGCGCUACACCUCUGCUGACGGAGAGACCAGAGAGGUUCCGGUGGGGAAGGAGCAGAGCAGCACCGUCCUGACGGGCCUGAGGCCGGGCGUGGAGUACACGGUGCACGUGUGGGCCCAGAAGGGGGACCAGGAGAGCAAGAAGGCCGACACCAAGGCCCAGACAGAACUCGACCCUCCCAGAAACCUUCGUCCAUCUGCUGUGACGCAGUCUGGUGGCGUAUUGACCUGGACACCCCCCUCUGCUCAGAUUCAUGGCUACAUUCUGACCUACCAGUUCCCAGACGGCACGGUUAAGGAGAUGCAGCUGGGACGAGAAGACCAGAGGUUUGAGUUGCAAGGCCUUGAGCAGGGCGCUACCUACCCUGUCUCCCUAGUUGCCUUUAAGGGUGAUCGCCGGAGCAGAAAUGUAUCCACCACCCUCUCCACAGUUGGUGCGCGCUUCCCACACCCUUCGGACUGCAGUCAGGUUCAGCUGAACCACAAUGCUGCCAGCGGCCUGUACACCAUCUACCUGCACGGCGAUGCCAGCCGGCCCCUGCAGGUGUACUGUGACAUGCACACGGACGGAGGUGGCUGGAUUGUCUUCCAGAGGCGGAACACCGGGCAGCUGGAUUUCUUCAAGCGGUGGAGGAGCUAUGUGGAAGGCUUUGGGGACCCCAGGAAGGAGUUCUGGCUUGGACUUGACAGUCUACACAACCUCACCACCGGCACCCCGACACGGUAUGAGGUGAGAGUGGAUUUACAGACUGCCAACGAAUCCGCCUAUGCUAUAUAUGAUUUCUUCCAAGUGGCCUCCAGCAAGGAGCGGUAUAAACUGACAGUUGGGAAAUACAGAGGCACAGCGGGGGAUGCUCUUAGUUACCACAAUGGAUGGAAGUUUACAACUUUUGACAGAGACAAUGAUAUCGCACUUAGCAACUGUGCCCUGACACAUCAUGGCGGCUGGUGGUAUAAGAACUGCCACUUGGCCAACCCCAAUGGCAGAUAUGGGGAGACCAAGCACAGUGAGGGGGUGAACUGGGAGCCGUGGAAAGGACAUGAAUUCUCCAUUCCUUACGUGGAGUUGAAAAUCCGCCCUCGUGGCUACAGCAGCGAGCCUGUCCUGGGCAGAAAGAAGCGGACGCUGGGAGGAAGGGUGCGAACGUUCUGAUGGCCCGUGUGAGCGUUCAUCGCAGGAGACCCCACCAGCUGUGGGAGCACGGGGUGGGGUGGGCAGUGGUGACUGGGGCUGGGAGUGCUCAGAGCCUCUGGGUUCUGGGAUCACCUGAUAACCCGCAGAACAAAUCAUGUCACCAAGCUUCAAGCCAUGGAGGUUCUUUCCCUCUCACCCGCAUUUUUGCCCAUCUUUAUGAGGGCCUUGAAAAUCAAAAUAGCAGUUGCGCAGUAUGAGUGGGAAAGACAGUGCUGGAACUGGGAGGUUUCCCAGCUUAUCUUCAGCUGCAAAUAUACUGGAUUAGGGCAAGAGAAGGAAUCGCCCAGCACUUCACCAAUUGGAAAUCUCUGGAAAUUUACAUCUAUCUAU